CACAUGCACCAGGGUGGAGAUCCGGGAGCCGAACACCUGAUCUGCAGAAGUCCAUAAAACUGUGCAACUUUUGGCUCUCUGCUGGGGGGGCGGGGGGGCUGUGACGAUCAGAGGUGACAUCCAAGAUGGCGCUAGCCCGGGAACCAGGGGUGGGUCAGGAGCAGAGGGACGCAGCUGACCAGAACUUUGACUACAUGUUCAAGGUGCUGAUCAUCGGUAACAGCAGCGUGGGGAAGACCUCCUUCCUGUUUCGCUAUGCGGACGACUCCUUCACCUCAGCGUUUGUGAGCACAGUGGGCAUCGACUUUAAAGUGAAGACCAUCUACAGGAAUGACAAGAGGGUCAAGCUCCAGAUCUGGGACACUGCAGGGCAGGAGCGGUACAGGACCAUCACCACAGCCUACUACAGAGGAGCCAUGGGAUUCCUGCUCAUGUAUGACAUUACCAGCCAGGAGUCUUUCUGUGCCGUUCAAGACUGGGCAACCCAGAUCAAGACGUACUCCUGGGACAGCGCUCAGGUUGUGCUGGUGGGCAACAAGCUGGAUUUAGAAGACGAUAGGCAAGUCCCAAAAGAAGAUGCCCAAAGAGUAGCUACAGAGCUGGGUUUUCAGUUCUUCGAGGCCAGUGCCAAAGACAACAUCAACGUGAAGCAGGUCUUUGACAAACUGGUGGACCUUAUCUGUGAGAAGAUGAACGAGAGCGUCAAUGGAGAUGCCAGUCAGUCAGUCAGUCAGAAGGGCGAUGCUUUGAAGAAUAAACCUGUCACGAGUCAGGGAGGCUGUGCUUGCUGAUGGCUUAGAGAAGUUUAUAGUAGUUUUCUCUACAAGUUUCCUUUCAGACACAGAAAGAAAUGAACCUCACUGGAUUUUUCUCCUCUUCACCAAGGAGGUUCAUAAGAUGCUUCAUAAUUUCCUCAGACUGCUAAUAAAGCCAAAGAGCUUCCCAUAUCUGUGAUUAGGACAUCCCUGCCUUCCUAUAGGUAAAAAGAAACUCUUCCAGUUAAAGAUGUCAACCGGAUCAGCAGGGCCUAGGAACCUGCAUUAGAUUUACUUGUGUUACGCUGCCACCCUGUGGCCAUUUUGCAGCAAACAUCACUCAAAAAGGCCUAGAUUUAAACAUUCCUGAAUGCUGAGAUCUUUUGAGAAUAUUAAAACAAGUGCAUUUGUCUUAUAAAAAGCUUGUAUCUUGUUCCUUUGAAUAUAUAUAUAUCUAUAUUGCCCUAUAUUUUACUUAUUUUUCUGUCAUGUGAAAUAAAUUAUUGUCACUGUACUGUUUAUCUGG